AUGGCGACGGCGGCCGGUGCGGCGGUUAUGCUGUAUUACGUGCUGAGCCGGCGGCUGUCGCGGAAGGCGGAGGAAGACGGCGAUGAUCACGGUGGCGACGUGUCGAAAUCGAGCAGAUCGAUUCGCCGGAGAAGGCUUUCUCGGCGCCCGGUGCAGGCUCCGGCGACGCUGCUGGAGUCGAUCGUGACGCUGUCGGAGACUUUGAGGUUCACGUAUUCCGAGACCCUCGGGAAGUGGCCCAUCGGCGAUUUGGCCUUCGGCAUCAACUACUUCAUGCGCAAGCAGGGUAAUUUGGCAGUUGCAAGCGUGUAUGCUGGGAGUGAUUCUGUGCAGCUCAAAGGGGAUGGGAUAAUUGUGGAGCUGUAUGAGUUGUCGAGGCUUUUGACUUUGUGUAUGCUUUUCUCUAAGAAGCCAUUUCCUGUGUUUUUAGAUUCUGCUGGGUUUUCCCUUGAUGAUGUGCUGAUUCAGAAGCCAAAAGCUGGGCUCCUGAAGCCUGCGUUUACAAUUAUACGUGAUACAAAGUCAAAAUAUUUACUUCUAUUGAUCCGGGGUACUCAUAGCAUAAAGGACACACUUACAGCUGCAACCGGUGCUGUAGUUCCAUUCCACCAUUCAGUUUUAAAUGAUGGUGGGAUCAGCAACUUGGUUUUAGGUUAUGCACACUGUGGUAUGGUUGCUGCUGCUAGAUGGAUUGCAAAGCUUUGCACUCCUACCCUACUCAAGGCUCUUGAUGAAUGUCCAGACUUCAAAGUCAAGAUUGUUGGACACUCACUUGGUGGUGGCACUGCUGCCUUGUUAACAUAUAUUCUUAGAGAGCAGAAAGAGUUAUCGUCAAGCACAUGUGUCACGUUUGCCCCAGCUGCCUGUAUAACAUGGGAAUUAGCAGAAUCAGGAAAACACUUUAUCACUACCAUCAUAAAUGGUUCUGAUUUGGUGCCAACAUUUUCAACUUCAUCUAUUGAUGAUCUCCGUUCUGAGGUCACCGCAUCCUCUUGGUUGAACGAUUUACGGGAUCAGGUUGAACAUACAAAGGUCCUGAAUGUUGUCUACAGGUCUGCAACGGCACUUGGAUCUCGCCUACCAUCUAUUUCUAGUGCAAAGGCUAGGGUAGCUGGUGCUGGGGCUAUUCUGUGGCCAGUAGCCACUGGCACACAGGUUGUGAUGAAGCGCGCACAGAGUGUUGCAGAAGCUGUUGUCAGAACACGGUCAUCAUUGUCAUCAUGGUCUUGCAUGAGUGCACGCCGCCGAAAUGUGGGUCCAUCUAAAACAGAGGACUUAACUGAAACCUCUCUAAUAUCUGCAAGGAACAGAGAAUCUCUUAUGACUGAAGAGGUAGUAGGAGAACCUAUGCAUAAGGAUGAAAAUACAUCCUCAAGUGGAGGAUCUGGCCAUGAUGACACAGAUGAAGAAGAGCCACUCAUUCCUGCUAAUCAAGACAUUACUGCAUCCACAGUUGACGACUUCACAGAAGGCCAGUUAUGGUAUGAACUGGAGAAGGAGCUUCAGAAACAGGAUAAUACUAUGAACAUUCAUGCUCAAGAAGAAGAGGCUGCAGCAGCAAAAGAGAUCACGGAAGAAGAGAAUCAACUAGUUGACGCAGCUGCAGAAUGCAGUAGCAGUUCAAUCACUACACCAGACAACCUAGACAGCCAUCGUUUUUAUCCCCCUGGCAGGAUCAUGCAUAUUGUACCUGUACCUUCAUCGGAUGAAUCAAAUUCAAAUUCUGAUGAGCCUGUCGAAGAACAUGUCUGCUUAUAUGAAACACCCAGAGAGCUGUACAGCAAGCUGAGACUUUCAAGAACCAUGAUAAAUGAUCAUUACAUGCCAAUGUAUAAGAAGAUGAUGGAACUACUAAUACGAGAACUAGAGAAAGAUAGCAGCUGUACUAUGUUGCAUUAA